ACCCCACUGAGCAGAAGAGAGUGCUCUUGAACUUUGAGCGGCUGACUACCUCUCCUCUCUUCUUUCAGCUGCCGCUUAGAGGCCUGGAGUUGGAGUAGAAAACCGUGCUAAACCGACUGGGCGGCUCGCGCCCACCCAUCCUUCAACCCGGUUGGGGUCGAGACCUAUUGUGAUUGGCUGGGAUCUUUGGCUUGGCUUGGGAGCUGGUGUUUGAGAUUUUUGUGAUUUGAGUUUCCCUGCAUGAAGAGGAGCCAUUUGGCUGCUGUGGAAAUGAUUUAUGAUGAGUCCACAUUUAUUAAUCACCUCUGAAGAUGGAGAGGAAAUUAGAAGCAGGAAGUCCACUCUGUGCUGAAGGCAAAGUAGAUCAGCAUCCCUUGCUGAACACUUUGCCAAGCCAGCCUCAGAACUGAUUGGCUAUGACAUCUAUAAAAGAGCAGGCAGCAAUUAGCAGGCUCCUGAGUUUUUUACAAGACUGGGACAAUGCUGGCAAAGCCGAAAGGAGUCACAUUCUCAACAUUUUCAUUGAAUCCAAUCAAGGCAAGACUGCCCCUGAACUGGAGCAGGAAUUUUCCCAGGGAGCCAGCUUGUUCCUGAUGCGCUUGACCACCUGGCUCAGAAUCACCUACAUGACCGGCUUGUGCUUAGAAAAGAUCCUGAAGUGCAUUGGUAUCUUCUUGUCCUCUGUGAGCAGCAAUCGGUACCUGAUAGAAUUUCUUGAGGUUGGAGGUGCCCUGACCCUCUUGGAAAUCCUAGGGUUGGAGAAGAUCAAGGAAGACGACAAGAAGGAAUCCGUCAAACUCCUUCAGGUUAUCGCAAACUCUGGCAGGAAGUACAAGGAGCUCAUUUGUGAAAGCUAUGGUGUACGAGCCAUAGCAGAAUUUAUGGCAAAGUCUAAGUCAGAAGAGACCCAGGAGGAAGUACAGGUUCUGCUGGAUUCUUUGCUCCAUGGAAACCCCAAGUACCAGAAUCAAGUGUACAAAGGGCUAAUAGCUUUGCUGCCCUGCGUGUCCCCAAAAGCUCAGCAGCUGUCCCUGCAGACCCUCAGGACCGCCCAGUCGAUCAUCGGAACGACACACCCCAGCAUCGUGGACUGUGUGCUGAAGGUGCUGGGCACCAUGCACCUGGAAGUUCAGUACGAAGCCAUCGAGCUGAUCAAGGACCUGGUCAACUACGACGUGCGUUUGCCCCUGCUCAAGGGCCUGGUGGCCCUGCUGAUACCAUCCCUCAAGGAGACGUCCAGACUGCACUCCAAGAUCCUCGAGGACUCCUCGGUUCUCGAUUUCACCACCCACAUGCCACUGUUCCUGCAGCAGGCGGCAGCCGCCAAGACCAUCGGGAUCCUGGUGCGUGACAGCUUCAGCUUCGCCGAGGAGCUGCUGCACAUGCGCGUGGUGCACAGCCUGCUGACCGCCAUGGGCAACACGGACCACAGCAACAGCCAGAGGCUGGCCAGCAUGACGCUGGAGCUCUUCGUGCAGAUGUUCCCGGUGGUGGAGGAGCACGUGCGCAAGUCCAUGGGGGAAGAGCUCUUCCAGCUUUUCCUCAGCGGCCCUGAGGACCUGUACCGGAAGAUCGACAACGUCCAGGCGGACAUCCUGGCGGCCAACAAGGUCAACGUGACCAAGGCCUUACACCUCCACCGAGGCUCCGAGUGCGACUUCACCUUCUCCGACGUCGGUACUUCCAACCAGAUGGAUGAGGAGGAGGAGGAGGAAGCGGAGGAGGAAGAAGAGGAGGAGGAGGAGGAGGAGGAGGAAGAAGAGGAAGAAAAGGAGGAGGAGAAUGCUAUGGAAUGAAAAGAGUUAACUGUCAAACCAAGAAGGCCAAGCAAGGCCUUUCCUUAGCGGGGGACCUUGGCAGAAAGGGCACCUGCCCUGGGUCCUGGGUGGGCGGGGGGGUGAGCUUGUGAGCUUGUGAGCUGUUGUUGGGGAAGACUUCAAUAAACA